CUUGGAACACAGAACGUUUCCUUUCUACAUUGUUGCCGUCUUCGGAACAAGUGUCACCAGCAACAGACGGUUCUGUUGCUUCAGUUUUACAUCAAGAGAGCCCACCCCUUCGCCAAAAUCCGGCUAUUAGAUGUGACCACGAGGUUGAUUAGGAGAAGCCAUCAUGUCUUAAACACAGACGGGCCCUCUGGAGCCCUAUCUCCCCACCCUGGCCCCUCUUCCCCCUCCCUCAUCCACCACCUUACCCCUUCCCCAAUCCCCAUCCUUCUCCCAGACCUAUCUGCACAUGUGAGGGACAGGUUACCUAAUCCUGGCUCCCCACUGGCACACAUUUCCCCUCCCUUUGGAGAGAUGAGCCUGCAGAAGCACCAGCAGCUGGGUGGUGGCAGUGGUGGGGUCAUGGGCUCUGAUCGGGACCUACAAUCCACUGCCUCCUCCAUCUCACUACCCUCUGUAAAAAAGGCCCCUAAGAAGAGGCGCUUCUCCCUUACUUCUCUUUUCAGACGGCAAGGACGGGAACCCAAAUCAGUACGCCAAAGGUCCAGAGACCUCCAGCAACCUGGACCUGGAAAUCUGGGAGGGGUGGAUGGCAUUGCCAGCAUUGAGAGCAUCCACUCUGAAAUGUGUAAUGACAAAAAUUCUGCCUUCCUUUCUGUGGCUGGGACUGGAGCUACUUCUGCUGCCACCACAUCAUCUGCCUCAGGACCUUCCUCCUCGUCCUUCUCCAAGGCUGGAGGAGAGGUAGGGCCUGAGCUGCUGGAGUGCCCGCUGUGCCUUCUGCGCCACUCCAGAGAGAACUUCCCUGACAUCAUGACAUGUCACCACCGCUCCUGCAUCGACUGCCUGCGCCAGUACCUGCGAAUUGAGAUCUCAGAGUCACGUGUCAACAUCAGCUGUCCAGAGUGCUCGGAGCGCUUCAACCCCCAUGACAUUCGCAUGAUCUUGAGUGACCGGGCACUGAUGGAGAAAUAUGAGGAGUUCAUGCUAAGGAGGUGGCUGGUGGCUGACCCCGACUGCCGCUGGUGUCCUGCGCCAGACUGCGGAUAUGCAGUGAUAGCCUUUGGAUGUGCCAGUUGUCCUAAGAUCACAUGUGGCAGAGAAGGCUGUGGUACGGAAUUCUGUUAUCACUGUAAGCAGCUGUGGCAUCCGAACCAAACCUGUGAUGCAGCACGGCAGCAGAGAGCCCAGAGCCUUCGCCUGAGGACUGUCCGAUCGUCCUCUCUCAGCUACAGCCAAGAAAGCGGAGCUGCAGCUGAUGACAUCAAGCCAUGUCCACGUUGUGCUGCUUACAUCAUCAAGAUGAAUGACGGAAGCUGUAACCACAUGACCUGUGCUGUCUGUGGCUGUGAAUUCUGUUGGCUUUGUAUGAAGGAAAUCUCAGACCUGCACUACCUGAGUCCAUCAGGCUGUACCUUCUGGGGGAAGAAGCCAUGGAGCAGGAAGAAGAAGAUCCUGUGGCAACUGGGAACACUUGUGGGUGCCCCAGUCGGCAUUGCACUCAUCGCCGGUAUAGCUAUUCCCGCAAUGAUUAUUGGCAUCCCUGUAUAUGUGGGGAGGAAGAUCCACAACCGCUACGAGGGCAAAGAUAUCUCCAACCACAAGAGGAACCUAGUGAUCGCUGGUGGUGUGACACUCUCCGUCAUUGUGUCUCCAGUGGUAGCUGCUGUCACUGUCGGCAUUGGUGUUCCCAUCAUGCUUGCGUACGUCUAUGGCGUGGUGCCCAUCUCUCUGUGCCGAAGCGGAGGCUGUGGCGUCUCGGCUGGGAACGGCAAAGGAGUUCGCAUAGAGUUCGAUGACGAAAAUGACAUGAAUGUUGGCACUGGAGCAGCUGCCACAGACACGACAUCAGUGGUAGACACAAGGAACAACCCAAGUAUAGGUGAGGGCAGUGUUGGGGGGUUGACGGGCAGCCUGAGUGCCAGUGGCAGCCAUAUGGACCGUCUUGGGGCCAUCAGGGACAACCUGAGUGAGACGGCCUCCACCAUGGCCUUGGCUGGAGCCAGCAUCACUGGCAGCCUCUCUGGCAGUGCCAUGGUCAACUACCUAAACAGGCUGGAGGUGCAGGCUGAUGUGCAGAAGGAGCGCUGCAGUCUCAGUGGUGAGUCUGGCACCGUCAGCCUGGGUACAAUCAGCGACAAUGCUAGCACCAAAGCAAUGGCUGGAUCCAUUCUUAACGCCUACAUACCCCUUGACAGAGAUGGGAACAGUGUUGAGGUCCAGGUUGACAUUGAAUCCAAACCUUGCAAAUUACGGCACCACAGUGGCAGUAGCAGUGUAGAUGACGGUAGUCAUGUUGGCCGCUGCGGCUGGACCUGCUCUGCUAAUGGCUGCACCUCCUCGGAAGGUAAAGGAACCUCCACCAAGUGGGCCAAAGAGCCCUCCUGCUGCUCCACUUCUGGCUCUGGGGGCAAAAAGAGCAAAGGCAAGCUACGCAAGAAAGCCUGCGGAGGCACCAAGAUCAAUGAGACACGGGAGGACAUGGACGCUCAGCUGCUAGAGCAGCGCAGCACCAACUCCUCCGAGUUCGACUCUCCUUCGCUAAGUGGCAGUCUGCCCUCUGUGGCCGAGUCCCACUGUAGCCAUUUCUCUGAGUUCAGCUGCUCUGAUCUGGAAAGCAUGAAGACAUCCUGUAGCCAUGGCUCUGGCACAGGUGACUACCACACACGCUUUGUCACUGUCAGCCCAUUACCUGAGGUGGAGAAUGACCGUCUGGAGACGUGCCCCAGUUCUUCACCUCUGUCGUCCUCAUCCCAGGCGCACGGAACUGUGAUCACUCCCCACUCCCCCACCUCCUCCCUGAGCCACAGCGCAGAGCUCUCGCCCCUCUGCUUCAUCACAGAGGAGAAUGUCAACCUGGUGUGUCCCGCUGAGCUGGAUGACAACACCGGAGAGCAGCUUAAAGAAACCAACAACAAUAACCACCACCAACAUCCAUCCCAAACUCAGCAGCAGACCAAGAACUCCUGUAUACAAACUGACAUCUGAAAUCUAAAUACCUUAAGUGCUGCACAGUUUAAUCAACAUCCUUUCCUCCACUACGUUAACAAUCAGCUUACAUUUCAGCCUGUAUUUUCUGUUACUCCCUUGUAAAGGGAACAUGUUAUAUUGAGAUGUAUGCUCUUCAUGGAAAACAGGAUUGUGUCCACUGACUGUCAAGGCUAGUUGGGAGUAUUAAAAGGUUACCAAAGUGCAGCCAUCUCAGAGGUGUUGUGAGAUGGUUGUGAAUUCUGGUGAUUCUCGGUGUGUAACGCGCAGUUCACUCUCGAGCCACUCAUAGCAGUGCACCCAUCUGUCAUUUAAAUCAGAGUAGGAAUAAAACCACUGUGCCAGUUUUGCAAAUCUGAUUCUGGCUCUGUAAUGGAGAUGCAACACCUCACAAGAAUCUUAAUGCUUUCUAGAAGUUAACUCAAACAGGGACCAGGCAAUUUGAUUAAUGCUUUCCCUUUUCUUUUUUUUUCCUCAAAAUGUGUUGGACACAGAGGAGCCUUUGUGUUCUCCUUGGUUUUUGUUUUCGCCUCUUGAUGUUGAAUCAAACAUCUAAUGUAUAAUUACAAAGCCUCAGUGUGACAUUGUGAAGCAUUUUAGCACUAAAACUGACUUGUAACACAACCACUGUUAUGUUUAUAUGGAUGAACUGACCGCUAUAGUUCCAUUGUGGGAAAUGGUUCUUAGCAGCCUGGUGUCCUGGGUGUUGACCUGUAGCCUAAACCCAUUGUAUGUGCUUUUAGUGCUAAGAUAACUCUGGAAGCUCAGGCUUCAUUCUGUGGAAAGCUUUCGAUUAGUAUGUACAGUAUGUGGGUUUGAGGGGUUGUUUUUUGUUUUUAUUUUAAAGAAAAAGGGUCUCUAGAAGGCCACAGUUGUCAAGAUAAUGCUGAGAGUCAUUAUAAGAACAUUAACCAAUGGGUUGGUCAAUUCUGUGAAAUUGUGUAAUGGAACUGUCUUAGGUUAACGUCAAAGGUUACUUGGACUGAUCUUCUCACCUCACUGAGUAAGAGAGAGCUUUGAUAACUUUCUUUGUUGACUCAUGGUGCCUUUUAACAAGCUGUUUGUGUUGUUUGUCUCACUCUCUCCACUGUGUCUUCAAGACUCCCAAACAGCAGCAAACUAUAGGUUACAGAAUCUUGGGCUGUGUUAGGGUGUGUGCUCUUUUACAUACAUAACAUUGUGGUAGACAUUGGUAAAUGAAGACUUUUUCAAUUGCCUACCAAAGACAGCACUCAGGCUCUUGUUAAAUCUUGUACCUUUGACUUGUCAGAUGUAUUCACAGUGCGUAAGCUUUUACAUCAAGGCAGUGAAUGAAGACAAAACCCAGGAUAACACACUUGAUGCAGACCUGCUGUGUCAUACACGCUUUCACUAAUGCUACGCAAAUAACUGAGGCCGCACAAUGGCCAAAGGCACCUGCACUGUUAACUGUAUUUCUUAUUACAUUGCUGUUCUGCAAUGCAAAAGGUUAAUAGGGAUCUCUUAGGUUUGUUUUGGGUUUACCUUCCCUAUUGAUUUUUCUGUUAAUCCCGGUUUUCUGUUGUUGUUGUUGUUGUUGUUGUUGUUUUCAGCUCUUUCUGGUGGAGUGUUACCUGAAGCCCAUUUUUACUCAUCAGUGGUCAGCUUUGCUGAAGUCUCUGAGUCUGCUCAGGUGAACCUCUUCCAGGCAGGUCAAAUUGUCUUGAAUGGCAUUCUCACCCAGGUCUGUUACUGAAUGGACACUUAAUUUGGUUUGGUGUAAGAGUCUACAUGCUGCAGUUCUCCUUGCAUUGACUUAAUAUGUUCUGUUUUGUUAUUCCAAGCCUGGUUCUGUUUCUCAUUAUUCAGCAUAACUCCCUGUUCUUGAUCCUAAUUUGAACACUAGUGCCAGAUAUAAUUUGUAAUUUGUGCAGAAUGGCAUAAGGUAUUUGUAUAUUUGUUUGGUAAUUUGCUUUACUAAAUGCGUGUAAAUGCAUAUCAGCAAAAUAAAAAAAGAUGUAUACAAUACGCUGUA